AUGGCUGUAAAUAUCUUUUACAAUCAAUUGGAAGGCCCGAUUCUUAACAUUAAGGCAUUUCACGAGGCUUCAGUUGAUGCCUUAAGAAACAAUAAGGGCUUAUGUGGUAAUGCCAUAGGAUUAGUGCCUUGUGUUCCUAUCCUAGCAACAAAAAGGGUUAUAGAAAAAGAACCAGGAGGAGAUGGAAAUGUUUAUAAAGCUGUGCUACCCAUUGGUCAGGUGGUUGCUGUGAACAAACUUCACCAAUCUGAAGAUAGCAUGAUUUCCAACAAUUUGAAAGUCUUUGAAAGCGAGAUUCAUGCUUUAUCAGAAAUAAGGCAUCGUAACAUUGUGAAGUUGUAUGGCUUUUGUUCAUAUCCAAAGAAUUCAUUUUUGGUUUAUGAGUUUGUAGAAAGAGGAAGUUUGAAAAUGGUGUUAAGCAACAAGGACGAGGCAAUGGAAUUGGAUUGGAAGAAGAGGCUAAAUGUUGUAAAAGGAGUAGCCAAUGCCUUAUCUUAUAUGCAUCACGAGCAUUCACCACCUAUAAUUCAUCGAGACAUUUCCAGCAAUAAUGUUUUCUUGGAUUUGGACUAUGAGGCUCAUGUCUCAGAUUUUGGCACAGCUAGGCUUUAA